CUUUACUAAUUAAUUUAAUUUGAACUAGUAUACCAGACUAUAUGUAUAACCCAUGCAAUCUCAUUAUUUAUUGAUUAUUAUUUUUAACAUUAAAAAUAAUUUUACGAGACCAACUCGUAUAAAAUAUUAUUUUUGUAAACAAGACAUUUAUUUAUGUUAAAAUAAAGAAAGUCACAUGAUUUAAAAACAAUUAAAAAAAAAUAAAGAAAUCCACAUUCGUAAGAGAGAGAAUUAGCAAUCUGCUCUCAUCUCUGUCUCUCACAUUCGCCCCUUCUCUCUGCAGCGCAUCUCCUCUUCUGAUGAGGGCACGAAGUGUGAAGUUUUUCUUGAUUUUUUCAACAUUAUUUAUUAUCAUAGUUUUUUUUGUUCUCAAAAUUUUUUUAUGUGUAAAUUUGGGGGUUUUAUACUUCUUCAUGCUUGUGUUUUCUCAAUGAAAUUGGUGUCUUUUUUGUGCUUCUUCUUUGCUGAAUCUUGCCUGUAGAUUGUGGUUGUUGUGCAUCUGUUCUCCUAUGAGCUUGAAUUGAUUAAUUUUAUGAUUGUAACAUGAACUGAGAUGAAUUGAUCUACAUAACAAAUUUACUUAAUGAUUUGAUAUUUGAUUUCACCUACCAAGUGUUUGUAGUAUUGCUUGUUAUGCUCUAAUUUGUUAGUCUUACUUUUUCUCCAUUGUAUAUCAGGUUUGAACAGACUUAACUAUCCAUUAAUGUGAAACUAAGAAUGGAAAUUGAAGAACAGAGCAGUAGCAAUCCAAAAGGUGAUGAUUUUGAAGAGGAGAGAGAUCAAUCUAAUACCAACAAAGAACAGCCUGCUGUAGUUGUUUUUGACGACUUUGCUGAUGAUUAUGACGAGUCUCGUGCUGAAAAAAAACAAAGUAAUCUUCUCAAUGAAGGUGAUAUUACAUGUUUGUCUGGUUCUUUAGUGGGUCUUAAGAGAGAGAAAGUUGAAGAUUUAUAUGACAUAUAUUGCAAUCAUGCUCAUGAAGUUGGGUUUAGAGUUAGAAGAUCAAGUUCAAAAUAUAAUGUUGCUGGGGUGAUGGUUCAGAAAUGGAUGGUGUGUUCAUGUGAAGGAAUUAGAAAGGAUAGAACCUCUAGCUCGAAAAGUGAAGGGAAAAAUAGAGCUACUUGCAUCACACGAACGAAUUGCAAGGCAUCAUUGAAGAUAAAAUUGAAUGCAGAUGGUUUGUAUGAAAUAUUCUUUCAUAACACAGAACACAAUCAUACACUUUCCAGGAGUUACAUGCAUCAUCCUCAAAGACUAGCUGACAUUGAGAAAGAUAUUGUUAUUGAGGAUAUGAUCUCUUCUGAAAUGAGAGCAGUUGAUUCACUUAGAUACAUGGGACAUGAUGUGGGGGGUGAACAUGUGAAAAUAAAUGCAAUAGAAGGAGGGGAUGCACAAAUUCUAAUUGAUAAUUUGUACCAACAAGGUGAUGAGGAUCAUGAGUUCUUUUUUAGAGUCAAAUUAGAUGAGGAUGGCAGAUUAUGCAAUAUUUUUUGGAGAGACUCGAGGAUGAAAGAUGACUAUUUGAUAUAUGGUGAUGUUGUUGUCUUUGACACAACAUAUAGGACUAAUAAGUAUAAUUUGAUUUGUGCACCGUUUGUUGGUAUAAAUAAUCAUUGGAAAAAUAUUAUGUUUGGUUGUGCAUUUAUCACAAAUGAGAAUGCUGAAUCAUAUGAAUGGUUAUUUGAGGUUUUCAAGAAAUCCAUGGAGAACCAAAGUCCUGUGACAUUGUUUACAUAUCCAGAUCAAGCAAUUGAGAAUGCAAUAGAAAAGAAUUUUCCUACGGUGAGACACAGGCUGUGCAUAAGGCAUUUGUACCAAAAUGGAGUAAAUGAUUUUGAGAAAUUAAAAUCUGACAAGUGCUUCAAUGAUGCAUUUCAGAAAUGUUUGAUUGGGUGUAUAGAUGGAGGUGAGUUUGAAGACUGUUGGAGCUCCAUGAUUUCAAUCUAUGGAUUGCAAGAUAAUUCUUGGUUUAAAAGAUUGUAUGAUUUAAGACAUAAGUGGUCCAAUGUAUACAACAAAGAUUUCUUCUCUGCUGGGAUUCUAUCUUCACGAAGAAGUGAAAGCAUGAAUACUACAAUAGGAUUCAAUGCAAAAGAGACAACAAGCCUGAAUGAGUUGUAUAUCAUCUUUAAGAAAAUAGUCGAACGUUGGAGAAGCAAUGAAGCAGAUGAUGAAUUACAGUGUUCAAGAGAAAAUCCUACUUCGUGCUUACCAUUGACUGGAUUUCUCAAGCAUGCUUCCGAGGUAUAUACUCUGGCCAUUUUUAAAGAUUUUGAAAAAGAAUUCUUGAAAUCCAUUUCCACCUCAAUUAGCUUCUUAUCCGAAGAACAUGAUGUUAAAUUCUAUCAUGUAACCGAGGCUGAUGGGAUCACAUCUUACCAAGUGAAUUUUAAUGUAACGGAUUUUUUGGUAAGUUGCACAUGCAAGAGAUUUGAGGAAUGUGGACUUUUUUGUUGUCAUUGCUUGAGAAUUAUGCAUGCUCAUUCAAUACCUCAAAUACCCGAGUGCUACAUUAAGAGAAGAUGGACGAAAUUCGCCAAGCAAGAUUUAUGGGAUAAAUCUACAUCAGGUACAGGUAGGUUUGAGAAGGGUCAAAAUUCAGCUACUUGGAGACAACAUAUGGUGAAAAAGUUUUACGAUCUUGUUGUGAAGGCCCAAGAGAAUGAAGAGGCAAGAGCAAUCGUUGAGGAUGGAUUGAAUGGUAUGAUUUCAGCUGUCGAAGCAUUGAAGACUACAUGGCAAACAAGGGAUGUAACGGAGGAAACUGAAGUUUCAAGCUCGUCUUAUGAUGAGUUGGAUCCUUCACAUUCAAUCACAAAGGGACGGAAACAAAGAAUAGACCAUCUUCAGAAGAGUAAGAAGAAGAAGACUAGCGAUGCAUCAAAUUCCAAUCAAUCAAAAGAAGAAUGGCUCCAAAACUCCUGAGCAGAGAUCAUUUUAGAAGAUUUUGAAUUAGGCUUUGAAGAAUCAUGGAGCAAGCAAAUCUGAAGAUAUUUGUUUUUAUCCACACUAAUUUGAUGAUUGUGUAGAGGCUUCUGCCACACUCUUCUACCAGUGUAUGUAAGCAUAUGGCUGUAUGUUUGAAUUUGAACCCAAUUGCUUUUUUUUUUUAAUCUAUCAGAUUCCAUCAUUUAGCCUUUAUUUUGUAGGCUCAUCAUAAAAGAAA